AUGAAAUUUAAAUUAGAUGGACUGGAUGUGUAUUUUCCGUACGACAAAAUAUAUCCCGAGCAAUAUGAAUACAUGAGAGAAUUAUACAGCUCCCUCCGUAAAGGUGGACACUGUUUACUCGAAAUGCCUUCGGGAACAGGAAAAACUAUUUCUUUGCUCUCGCUGAUCACUUCAUAUCAACUUACCGAAGAAGGAAAAACAAGAAAAUUAAUAUAUUGCACAAGAACGGUUCCUGAAAUGGAGAAGGUUUUGGAAGAAUUAAAUUCUUUGAUUGAGUACAGAUCCAAGCAUGUUAACGCUCCCAUCAUUGGAAUUGGAUUAAGUAGUAGAAAGAACUUGUGCAUUCAUCCAAAAAGUCAAGCAUUUCUUCAUGACGGAUCGCAUGUAGAUAGUAUUUGUAGAAGUCUUACUGCUGGUUGGUUAAGAGCUGAGGCAAAAGAGAAAGUUGAUUCCAGUAAUGGUGCAGUCACUCCUACUGUGGUCAACAAUGGCACCACAGUACUUGUUGAAGACAUUGAAUUAUGCAAUUAUUAUGAGAGAUUUAUUGAAUCCGCACCAACCGAUACAAUCCUUCCCAAUGGUGUUUAUACCAUGAGAGACUUGAAGAUUUUUGGUAAAAAGAAGGGAUGGUGUCCUUACUUUUUAUCCAGAAGAGCAAUAGAAUAUGCCAAUGUUGUAGUUUACAGUUACUCAUAUUUAUUGGACCCUAAAAUUUCCUCCAUCAUUUCCAAAAACAUUCCUAGUAAUUCUAUAGUUGUGUUCGACGAAGCUCAUAACAUUGACAAUGUUUGCAUUGAAGCUCUUUCGAUUAAUAUUGAUAGAGACGUUAUUGGAAUUGCUCGUAAUAACCUUACUAAGCUUGAAGAAAAUAUUUCUCAAAUGGAAAAAGUUAAUAGUCAAAGACUUCAAGAAGAAUAUAGAAGACUAGUGGACGGAUUGGGUGCUACAGGUGUAGGAAGAGUUUCUAACUUAUCCACUCUAUCAAGUGAUGAUGAAUUUUUAUCAAACCCAGUUUUACCGAGCGACAUUAUGAAAGAGGCGGUUCCAGGAAACAUUAGAAAGGCAAACCAUUUUGUUAAAUUUAUGAAACGAUUUACUACUCAUGUAAACAAAAGACUUCAAACUCAAAAAUCAAUCAAUGAAACUCCUGAACAAUUUUUAAACAAUCUGGCCGAAAGCAUGGAAAUUGACGCAAGAUCUUUAAGAUUUUGCUCAGAACGUUUAGUUUCACUGAUGAACACAUUGGAAAUUAAGAAUAUUUAUGAUUUCAAUGGUAUUCGAAUUAUAAUGGAUUUUGCAACUUUAAUUGGCACUUACCAAGAAGGCUUUAUUAUUAUUAUUGAGCCAUAUGAUCCAAGAACUCCCACAAACCCUGACCCAAUUUUACAGUUUAGUUGUAUGGAUGCAUCUUUGGCGAUUAGCAAACCCGUCUUCAAUAGAUUCCAAACAGUAGUACUGACAAGUGGUACACUCUCUCCUCUUGAAAUGUAUCCUAAGCUUCUCAAAUUUAAACCUGUUAUUUCCAAAUCAUUAGAGAUGACUCUAACAAGAGAAUGUAUUUGUCCUCUUGUAAUGACAAGAGGAAGUGAUCAAGUAGCUGUGACAACAAAAUAUCGAUUUAGAAAUGACGCGUCUGUUCAAAGAAACUAUGGAAAUUUAAUUUUGGAGUUGUCAAAAUAUGUACCAGAUGGUAUUGUUUGUUUUUUCACAUCAUAUCAAUAUAUGGAAGACAUUGUUUCUUUUUGGAACUCUGUAGGAAUCCUUAACUCUAUAACAAAUCACAAACUUGUAUUUAUUGAAACACCAAACACUGCAGAGACUGCCAUUGCUUUAGAUAAUUACAGAAAGGCAUGUGAUUGUGGAAGAGGAGCUAUAUUCUUCAGUAUUGCAAGAGGAAAAGUUGCUGAAGGAAUUGAUUUUGACGGCCAUUAUGGAAGAUGUGUUGUAAUGAUUGGAGUUCCAUUCCAAAAUACUGAAAGUAAGAUUCUCAAAGCGAGAUUGAAUUAUUUACGACAAAACUUCUCAAUUAAGGAAGAAAACUUUCUCACGUUCGAUGCCUUAAGGCAUGCGUCUCAAUGUAUUGGACGUGUGAUCAGAAACAAAGCAGACUAUGGUAUCAUGAUUCUCGCAGAUAAGAGAUAUAACCAACCUGACAAAAGAAACAAAUUACCAAGAUGGAUCGCAAAACAAAUCAAAGACUCCUAUCUCAAUUUGUCGACAGAUGCCAUUAUUGGAAUAGCAAGAAAAUAUCUUAAAGAAAUGGCUCAACCAUACUCAGCUACCAAUCAGUUAUUGGGCCCUGAGGAAAUUGAACAACUUUCAAAGAAGAGAACUAUUGAACAACUGGAAAGUACUCCCCAAAACACUCUGACUCAACAACCCCCAACCAAGAAAUAA